UGAUGCUAACAGCUAGCAUCACGCAGAGCUCCUCUCCUCCGUGGCAUCUCUUCGUCUCCCCGAAUCCCACUGAUGUGCGACUUCCUCCCGGCGGCUGAACCGGAGGAUGUCCGGGCCUGUUUCGCGUUAACGUUAAGACAAAGAUCCAGGAAACAUCCGCAUUUCCCCCGUCAACUGAACACAAGGUGGAAUGAGGAUGUUUGCUGUGGACUGAAAUCCAUCCCGAGAAACAAAAUGAAGCAGAAGCUGCUUCGUGGUUUCCUUUCGGAAAUUUCCAUCCGAAUAGCGUUGUUAGUGGUGUUCCUUGUGACGGAGCAGCUUCCUCCUUUCUUCCGUGAGAUCCAGGCCGAGGAGAUGUGGUUGUAUAAAUUCCAUCGUGUGGAGAAUGACCACGUUCCCACCUCGCUAAUGUUUAGUGUUGCAGUUUUCACGCCACUGAUUGUCAUCGUGGUUUUCACCUUCAUGAGGAAGUCGGAGCGAGGAGAUCUGAAAGAAGCCUCCCUGGCUGUGACUCUGACUCUGGUGCUGAAUGGAGUUUUCACCAACGUCAUCAAACUGGUUGUUGGCAGGCCGCGACCGGAUUUCUUCUACCGCUGUUUCCCAGAUGGUCAGAUGAACCUGGAGCUGCACUGCACCGGUGACCCAGAUACGGUCAUAGAGGGCAGGAAGAGCUUCCCCAGCGGGCAUUCCUCCUUUGCCUUCGCAGGUUUGGGUUUCACAGCGUUCUACAUCGCAGGAAAGCUGCGCUGCUUCAACGUGGUGGGCCAAGGCAGAGCGUGGCGGCUGUGUGCCUUCCUCGCCCCUUUGCUCAUCGCGACUGUGAUCGCCCUCUCCAGAACCUGCGACUACAAACACCACUGGCAAGAUGUGUUAGUCGGUUCUCUGCUUGGUCUCGUCUUCGCCUGGCUGUGUUACCGGCAGCACUACCCUCCACUUCAGGACCCCGACUGCCACAGACCUCUGCGUCACAGAGAGAUGGUUCCCGCUGCACAGGAGCGCAAGCUGGCCAACUCCAACUACAUCCUGCCCAUGUAGAGCAGCUGUAACCGGAGAAUACUCUUUGCAGGUGUAAUCUAUACUAGGUUACAUGGUAAUCUUUCCUACUCUGGUUUUACACCCUUCAGGCCAGGCAGUAAAUCAGUAUUUAUUGUUAGUCGUCGAUCAUUGUAAAUGUAUGGUGGCAAUUUUCUUUUUGUAAGGUGACACACAGUAUGUUUUCCAAACUGAAUUUCCAAACUAAUUUCUCUCGGGUGUUUUCUGAGACACAUGAGUUGCGGAAAAUAACAACAAAUUUUUAACAGUCGCAUGUGAUGGACAUGAACUAUGCGGACAGCCUGGGAGUGUGUGUUUCCAAACCCUAUAAUGAUGUCAAUACCUUCUGGAUGUUUUACUGGAGGUCUUCUGAUUGUCAUGACAUCGUUCUCAAUAUGGCUCAGCCCCCCCCACACACACACACACCCUGUGUAUUGUGCCUAUGGAUGACAUGACUUUAAAUACUCCGAACAGUUGAGCAAGUCAACGAAACAACCACUGCACUAAUCGUCCACUGCCCAUCAAACUCUGGCUCAGCUGCUGUGACACAGUUUCUCCUGUAGGGCCACUAUUUUGAGAUUCUUUUGUAAACUUGCAACUUUCUAACCAAGCAGGGUUGAGGUUAAAGGGAAACGCCUGUAAAUAUAUCUUAUAAUUUUAUUUCUCUGCAUGGCAGUUCAUUCUUGACCUCUCGCAACAAUAUACGAUGAGUGUAAUGGAAGUUCAAAAAUCCUGUUUUCAACAGCGGCUCCUGGUGUCAUCACGUGACCUAAAUGCGAAACAGCUCCGCAAGACACUGAACAAGAGUCGAGAGUCAUGAGCAGAUGAUAUAAUUUCUCUCUAAGCACCAGAGCAGCCGCAGCAUUGGUUGACAUUGACCAUGAGUCAGUGUAUGGCAGGAGAAAGGUGAAGGAUGUUGCCAGAGACCAAAACAGAGUUUAUGGACAUCUGCCCUCAUCGAGAGCCAGGCUUGUCUCCUGAGCGGCUCCAUUCGAACAUUUAAUGUCACAUGACGACACAAGAGAGUGAGAUGUGAUGAAAAGCUGCAAAAUAAGUGGAACUAAAGGGGGAAGAGAAAAUGUUGAUGUGGGAUGUUCAUAUCUGGGAGGGAUGGGUGACAUGGAUAAAUAUCAUAAAAAAUCAUGGCACAUGUGACUUUAUAUCUUGAUAUAUUGCAGUGAUAUUUUAUCUUUUGAAAGAUUAUGACAGGAAGGUCUUUGUUGAUCCAGAAAGUUAUACAUGACAUUAUAUGUCAAUAAUGAACUACAAUCGGAGCUAUGAAGGAAUAAAGAUUGCAGUAUUCUGUUUUUCUUACUGUCAACAAAUUCCCUUGAUUUGACCCAAACCAACAAUGUGUAUCCGUCUCAAAAUACUUUCUGUGGCACUUUGCCUCAAACACAUUCACUCCUACUGACAAUGUAAAAAACAAUCAUGAAAUUUAAGAAUAAUAUUUUCAAAUAAGCUCUGUGCCACAGAAGAAUCAGCUACAUAGACAGAUGUAGUAUUUAUUAGCUUUAUUGACUAUAAGAAAAUGUAGCAUAUGCUAAAAGUGGGAUUUUUUUUUAUCACAAGAUAUAUUGUCACAUCACCCACCCUGAUCUGACAUUAACCACAUCAGCUGUAUUUAAAGGCAAAAAUAACUUCCCUGCACCUUUGGCCUCAGCAGUUUUUUUUUCUACUGCCGCCUUCUCUGUGCUUUAAAUCUCUCUGUCAUCCUUUGGUACAUUUGAAUGUUUCCACUCACAGAUUUUGGUGUUCACAUUUGGAAAAGGCUUCAUGAGCCCAAUCCUUAGUAAAACAUCCCAGUGUAGCAGUGCCACUCGACUCUUCUUAGUAUUUUAAUGAUUGUAUGACAAUUGAUCAUUUCCUUGUUCUAACUGCACAUCACAUCUGCUGAUAUCAAUGUUCAUAUGACCCUAAAGCACCUAUGAGACAAAUGUGUUGCUGCCUCAGUGGAUCUCAGGGGGACUGUAGGUCUGCUGCUUGUCACUGCACACUCCUCUGGCUCCUCUGCCAACAGAGCUAACGUGAGGAAGAUGAAGGUGCACAGGGGUUGGGUUUUUUGUCAUCACAGUGGAACCUGAUCCUUGUGAUGAACCUGAGUGGGGUCGGACUCUAACCUCUCCAGGUGAUGGUGCUAGCCUCCCAGUUCUGUUGCUGGUCAGGUUUCCUAUCCCAUCAAUAGUUUCGCUGGCACAUUAAGAUUUGGUAAUUUUUUUAAUUUUCCUCUGUUCAAUUUCAUCAACUUUCAUUCCAGUCAUUCCAGUCAAUUGUAUUUGGAUUUUUACUUAUUUGUGAUUUUCUGUUAUUUUCUUUAAUUAUGUGAAAUUGUUGCUUUCACGUAGAGACGACGCACAUUUUUACUUUGAUGUGUUUAUGCAGAUUGAAACAUGAGAGCCGACCAAACCUCCGUGUUUAUUGUUUGUUUGUGAAAACAGCCAACGUGUUGCAGGGUCAAAGCACCUUCCGUUCAUUGCUGUGAAUCCGGCUUCAAGUGGCUGGAUCACAGCGGUUUCAGACCAAACUCGGCAGAAAAAGAAAAUCAUGAAUUUGUGCCUUUGUUUAAUACAUUGCUUUACGACUCUGUCCAUGAAUGAACUGUAAACUGCAUGUUUCAGUGUCUGAUCUCUGUUAUUUAUAGUUUGCUUUAAAUUUUUACUUUUUAUUGUUUUACAGUUUUUAGGAUUUACUUGUAAAGAUUUGGUUUGCUGCCUCCCUUUACCUCAGAAAAUAACACAUGUAAUUUAUUUCCAUACAUUCAACUGUUUUUGUGAAGAUAUCUGUGUGCGAAGUGAACAAUUUACAACUGAUGGAAGAGGACGAAAAAAAACCUUUUUACAGACAUUUGAGAGAAAUGAUAUCUUACCUUACUGGGUCUUUCUCACAGGUAUUUAUGAGAUGAUGUACAGGUCUAUUUGUAUUUUAUUUUGGGGCAUGUGGGAGUUUACUUGAAGUUUGAAUAUUCGUUUCUUUACCUUAAAUGUGAUAAUGUAAGUAGGAACCAUAUUUGUUGUGGGCACACAAGAUUCUGAAGGACCUUUCAGGUGUAAAAAAAAAAAAGAAGGAAAUUGCAUUUUCCUGCAUGUUUCACAGCUACAUAUAAACAUUUUCCUCAUUAUUUCCUUUUAAAUCUCUACAUCUCCAUUCAAGUCCAUUAACUUAUGUAAUCAUCAGUACACAUAUACUCUAUCAGGUUGUUGAUCGGGUGUGGUCUUCAGAUCUACUGUCAUGAGGGAUUAUGUGAAAACCUGCCAGUUUGCAUCAUUGAUGUCAUGCCCAUCCUAAUUUGCCUUGGCUUCUAGGACCAUUUUGAUCCUGAUUGUACAUGUGACGCUUUAAAUGGAUCUUUUAAUGGCACAAAAUUAUGUUUCUAAAUUACCCUGCACCACAAAAUGUCCUCUGGUUCUUUUCUGUUAAUAGCGGGCACCUGUUUAUAGAAUAUGCAUUUUAGAGGAUACAUUGAAAAGUGAUCAAUAAAUGAUACAUUAACAAAAA